CCUAACAUGUCGUGCAUUAACAGUCGCGACAUUAUCAUCCAUUUAUUUUCCUAAACAAAGACAAAUAUUUCUACCUGUCGCUAUUAAUACACUUCCUCCCUCCUUUGUCUCUCCGUCGUCCAUUCCUAAACUAACCUCUCUGCUUUCUUUCACUUAUAUCUAUUAAUCCACCUUCUGCUCCAAAUCUCGAGCAAGAGGAAAAGGGAAUCAAAAUCAAUGGCAGCUCCUGCGGUUGCGUUUUUCCUUUUCACUUUUCCCUUUGUCUUCUUCUUUGCCUCUGUUGCUGCUGAUCCUGACUUGCUUCAAGAUGUUUGUGCUGCUGAUUAUUCUUUCGAAGCGAAGCUUAAUGGCUAUGCCUGCAAAAAAGACAUAGUAGUUGAUGAUUUCGUCUCUGACGUUAUAGCUAAGCCGGGAUCCCCAGCGAACAGCUAUGGCUCCGUCGCCACUGCGGCAAAUGUUCUAAAAGUUCCCGGUCUUAACACUCUCGGUAUCUCCAUGUCUCGCAUUGACUACGCUCCUGGCGGCCUUAAUCCACCGCACCUCCACCCACGCGCUUCCGAGAUCAUUUUUGUCCUCGAAGGUGAGCUUGACGUCGGUUUCCUCACCACCAACAACACUUUGAUCGCAAAAACUGUUAAAAGGGGAGAGAUAUUUAUUUUUCCAAAAGCUUUAGUGCAUUACCAGAAAAACAAUGCCAAUGCACCAGCCUCCGUUCUCGCCGCCUUCAACAGCCAGCUUCCGGGGACUCAGGUCAUGGCCACCACAUUAUUCGCCGCCAAACCGGAAGUUCCCGAUCGUAUAUUGAGCGAGACAUUCCACGUGGGUUCUAAGGAAAUUCAGAAGAUAAAGUCUAGAUUUGCACCAAAGCAAUAAAUCAAAUCAUUCAAUUUUAUCUUUUAAUAUGUAAUUGUUAUUUUAUUGGGUUUGUUUUUCAUAAUAUUUGAAAUUAUUUUUCCUUCUUAACCUA